AUGGACUCCAUGGUCAAAGAAUGGACGGUAUUCCUUGACCGAUGCCUGAACCAGCGAGUACCGGCCGAUCUGUUCGACGCUGCAACUACACAACUAUACCGAACAUCACCACUACCUGGACGCAAGCUCGCCGGCCUUCUACUGAAACCGCGAUCUGCACGUGCAAACAGUGUCGACCCUCGUGUGAUCGUCUACCUCGAGCGCCUGCUAGCGCUAAAAAGAGUUGACGCGUCAGACGUCCUGUCUGCGACGUUCUACUAUUCAAAAGAUCGCCUACCGAAGAAUGACGGACAUUUAACUGAAAAUGAGCCAAGAUGGCACAACGCAUCCGAGUUGGAGGAGGUUGUAUGCCACCGUCUUCACAAAGCGUUCGCUGCCGAGGAUCGCCCUACCAACAACAGCGAGGGGAUGCAAACGCUCAUCGUUGUCACAAGAUGGAUGCAGGCCAUGGUAACGUCACACACCAGCGAUACGAUGAUGCAGGCUAUGGCCGGUAUCUCGCAACAACCUCAACAACAGUCCAUCAACGUUCGCGAAGCUCUGGGCGUUCUUGUCGUCGGUCUCAUCGAGAACUCCAAGAUCCUGCUCAUUUUGAGCCACCACACUGCCACAGAUUUGCGAAAACGGUUGGCUCAAUCGUUGGCAUCAUUCAUUCCAUUCUUGUCUCACAACUCGUUGGGGUCUCAAUCGUCGUUGGAGAUUGCAAACAGGUUAGAGAUGUCACAGAAACAGCACAGCCUUUACGAGAAACCUGCCAAUAUCGAAGGUGUGCCAAAUGAGCAUGCCAACCUUGAAGUGGCAGCUUUACAGCUCGAAGCGGUCAUGGAUUUGCCACUCGUAUCUACACGAGCUGGACUCUACGUGUUUGUCAACUCGUUACUUGUUGCUCGCCCACUCACGGACGAGUUCACGAUCAUCAACUACUUACAUUCGAGAUACAAGAUCGACGCUCAAAACAUGGCCGCAGAUCUGAUCACCGCUUCAUUCGAUGUUCUGGCCAACGCGAUGUACCGCAGUGAACCUAGCUCAACAAUGUUCCUUCUGAAAUCUUUUCUGAUCAACAAGGUUCCCGUAUUGCUGUCGCAACUCUCAGGGUCAAUUUACCCAAUGACACCCGAGAUUUGCAUCACGCAAGCUCUCAGUCACGUCGACCCUAAUGCUUUUCCGGCCUUCUCGCAAGGCUUUGACGACAUCAUGGGCGGAAACAACUCGCUUUCCGAUGUGAGGCAGGAUUUUUUGAACGCUUGUGCACUUCACGGACACAUUGCUACAAACACUGUUGAGCGACUCCUGGGAGAGCCGCCCAUACAAGGGCCACCCGCUACAAAGUAUGACAAGAAAACAUUACUGGACCAGUGCAAGAACAAUUUCGACAAGGUCAAUGCUUAUAUCGAUGAGAUGGAGAAUCUGGACGGCAAUGCUGGCGCCAUCGUUGGUGCUAUCACCGAGUUUAUAGCGCAUCUCUGUGAGACUCAGGUGACGAUGUAUCUGAAACACAUCUGCAAUCUGUUGUCGAAGAAACCACAAUGCUUGGAUGUCAUGUUGCAGUUUACCUCCCCUGCCAGUAUCCUGCGGCCGCUGUGCCAGUUUCUUGAUGAGUGGCAUUAUGAUAGCGAUCAAGGCGAGUACCAGCCAGUCUACGAUGAGUUUGGAGCUAUCCUCGUCCUGAUCAUGGCAUUUGUGUAUCGCUACGAUCUUACACAUCAUGACAUUGGGAUCAACCAUGAAUCAUUCAUUGCUAGGCUGAUUGAGCGUGGCAACCACAGCGUUGCCCCAGACAAUUUGACGGAGGAGCAAGGCAGGCACCUUGCAAGCUGGCUGAAGGGGCUGUACGACUCCGGCAAUGAAGGUCUUAGCAACGAUGUAUUCGCUUCAUGUCGACCGCAAGAUUUCUACUUGAUAGUGCCGACUUUCUUCAGCCAGACAGUCAUGGCGUGCUCUGCCGGUGUACUGUCACUUGAGACCGUGAAAGGCGGCCUGGAAUAUCUCGGCGAAACGUUCCUUUUGCCUUCGUUGAUUGGAGGGCUUAGUUGGAUGGCAAGCCACGCCCUCAAACAGACACACAACGACCUCGACGCCAUGAUGCGAAUAUUCCACCAGGCGAUCCUUUCAGUACCGUCCUCGGGAGACGCACAGGCUAUGCAUUCUACAAUCAUAGCUAUGGUGUCAAGUCGUCUCGAGAAGUGUUUCCGCACAUUGCAGCGUCGCGACCCACAUCGAACCAAUAUCGAGCCUCUCCUACAGGCCAUCAAAGGUAACGCACACUAUGGCCGUUCCACAUAUGCCUCAAUCAGAGAGUUGGAACAGUGGACGAAUGCACCAAAUAGCACAUUGAACACAGCGCUGCGACAUACUAUACAGCAGCUUGCGCAAUGGGCGUCUACCGCUGCUAUCAAUCCUAAUCCGCCCAGCUAUACACAUCGGCAAGUGUACGCAGCAUCGAACAUGCUAGGAGUAUACCAAACUGUACGAGCGAUCGUCGAUGAGGUCAAAGCGCAGACUGAGGCUGGUAAUGGUGCAGCCGCACUUGAUAUUGGUGUGUCGAUCAUCUGCGCGCCGACCGUUGAAGACAGCCCUAUACCGGUAGAUUGGAUAGGGAGCUCGAUUUCUGCGCCGGCGCCGCCACGAACCAGGAUAAAUCUGCGCGAGAUGCUAAAGCACCUUUUUGAUAACGCUCUCAGCUUAAUCACGACAGAUCCUUCGAGUGCGGAAGCCAUUGUGCGUCUGCAUCGACGUGUGGAGGCACAGCUCGCCUCAGUCGGGCAAGCAGGCCUCCAAGCACCUGUCAUUAGCCUUCCAAGCGUUAGUAUGGACAGCAUGCAAGCUCAGAACAUCUCCGACGAUAUCAACAAAGCCAUGGAAGAUGCUGCCACGGCUAGCUUAGCCAACGAUAUGGAGAUACCAAGCAUGGACAAGAAGGCUUUGGAGCGUAGCAUGGAAGAGCUCACGGGCCCAGAAGGCUUAAACCUUUCCGGUAUAGGCAUGGAGACCGGAACUGGUAUGGCGAGUGACAUGGACGCCAACCUGGGAAGCCUGCCAGAUCUCGACCUGAGUGACAUGACGGGCAUGGGCAUGAGCAUGGACAUGGAUAUGGAUAUGAACAUGGGCGGAGGUGGUGAGGAUGACUGGGGCCUGGACUUCGAUAACAUGUAG